UCAAAACUUAGUAGUUCUGCUUACUUAAAACUGGGAACAUCAUAACUCAAAAAUAUUGAUGUAACUGAUUACCUCAGAUUUUUUUUGAGUUAGUCCAACUUAUUUAGGUUUACAGUGUAACCCUGUCGUAAGAUGAAUUCUAUGCUUGUUUCUAAGUUAGAUUGAUAAAUAUGCCCAAUAUGUGUGGGAACACCCAUGAAAACUAAAAACUUAGCAGGAAUGAGGCUCUUCAGGACCAGGAAUGAGGAAGCUGCUUUACAGACACACCUGUUUUGCACACGUCACUCAAACACAGAACCAGGAAACACCUGAGUUCAGUGAAGUUGAAGUGUAGUUGAACUGUUGUGUGUUUGUGUCUCUGUGUUCAUGCAGUAAAAUGGCAGAAGCCAGAUUUUCUCAGGAGGAGUUCAUGUGUUCAGUGUGUCUGGAUCUCCUGAAGGAUCCAGUGGCCAUUCCCUGUGGACACAGUUACUGUAAGCUCUGCAUUACAGGCUGCUGGGAUCAGGAGGAUCAGAUGAGAGUCUACAGCUGCCCUCAGUGCAGACAGACCUUCAGUCCAAGACCUGCUUUAGCUAAAAACACCAUUCUGGCUGAAAUGGUGGAGAAACUGAAGAAGAUUAAACUUCCUGCUGACUGUUACGCUGGAGCUGGAGAUGUGCAGUGUGACGUCUGUACUGGAAGAAAACACAAAGCCGUCAAGUCCUGUCUGGUGUGUCUGGAGUCUUACUGUCAAACUCAUUUUGACCGUCAUGAAGAAUUUCACUCUCGUAAGCCACAUAAAGUGACUGAAGCCACUGGACGACUGCAGGAGAUGAUCUGCCCGAAACAUGACAAGAUCCUUGAGGUUUUCUGCCGCACUGAUCAGAAGUGUAUAUGUCUGCUGUGUACGAUGGAUGAACAUAAAAACCACGACACUGUAUCAGCUGCAGCACAGAGGACAGAGAAACAGCACCAGCUGAAGGAGAUGCAGAGGUGGUUCCAGCAGAGGAUCCAGCAGAGAGAGAAAGAUCUUCAGCAGCUGAGAGAGGCUGUGGAGUCUCAUAAGCGCUCUGCACAGACAGCAGUGGAGGACAGUGAGAGGAUCUUCACUGAGCUCAUCCGCUCCAUUGAGAGAAGCCGCUCUGAGGCCACACAGCGGAUCAGAGAUCAGGAAAAGACUGCAGUGAGUCGAGCUGAAGGACGACUGGAGCGACUGGAGCAGGAGAUCAAUGAUCUGAGGAGGAGAGACGCUGAGCUGGAGCAGCUUUCACACACACAGGAUCACAUCCAUUUCCUGCAGAGUUUCCAGUCUCUCUCAGCUCCUCCUGAAUCUACAGAUGUGAAUGACGAUCCCUUCAGUUCUCUCUCCUCUUUUGAUGUUGUGAGAGAAUCUGUCCGUCAGCUGAGAGACAAACUGGAGGAUUUCUGCAAAGAGGAGCUGAAGAAGAUCUCUGACAGAGUCACUUUCACCAACAUUGUUCACUGGACCAGGAACGACUUCCUACAAUGUAAGUCACUAAGAAAACAAGCAGAAAAACUCACUGAGUGUGUUCAUGUUCUUCCUGUGGAAGGAGAAAGAAAACAUGACAGAAGAGUUUUAGAGUUGAUCAUGUAAAUCAGAUCAUGUAAAUCAAAUAUAAUAAACACAGAAUAAUAACCAACUUUAAUAUUCAGGGAAGACUGAUUAGACCGGCCCAAAAAAGGUUGAGAUCCACUGAUGUAAAUGAUGAUUUUCACAGGAUAUCUGAU